GGCGGCUAUGGCUUCGCGAGCGAUGCCAGGUGUGUGUACCGUCUGCGAGGAGGUCCCAAAAUACCGCUGUCCCGCCUGCCGCGUCCCGUACUGCUCCGUCCCCUGCUACAAGAAGCACAAAGAGAAAUGCAUCUCCAAACCCUCUGCCGUGGUGAAAAGUGGAGACUCGGAUCCACAUCUUAUGAAAACAAAGAUUUUGAAGGACAAAGGUAAUGAUUGGUCAGUGGCUGAUAUUCUGGACAGUGAUGAUGAAAAGGACAGAGUCUCUAUUCGGAAGCUGAAAGACCUGGGGGACUCUAAGGAAUUAAGGAACUUACUGACCAAUCCCCACCUCCGACAGUUGCUGGUCAGCAUUGACCAGGCAGAAGACAAAGAGACCCUUAUGAAAAGCCAUAUGCAAGAGCCCUUGUUUGUGGAGUUUGCUGACUGCUGUCUUAGGAUUGUUGACCCUCCUGAGAAAGAAAACACUUUGGAUGUGGAGGGGUGAACCAGGCUUGCUAUGAGCUCCUGCAAACACGGAAAAGGAACUGGCCAGCCUUUGGGAAAGAGGAAAUGAGGGUGGUCCCCUCACUCUGGGGUUUAGAGUGUAGGGUGGAUCACAGGCAGCCCCAGGACACGAUGGAGAGAGAUAUCCCCAAGGUAGAGGCUCAGCUGGGUGGCUGGCUCUAGUUGAAGGCCUGGGACUCUUCAGCCUCUACUUUUCGUUCAUCUUGCCAGUGAACACAAUGUGCUCAAGCCCAAAAGAGGUAACUUAUUUGGAGAAAAGAAAGACUAUUUACUAGUAAUGUGGACUGGUUCUUUAAAAAGCUUUAUUUGUUCAUGGUACACAUCAAAACAAGCCUUGGAGAGGGGUUUGUUUAGCAAAGUUUCCCUCUCC